UCCAAUGGCAAUGAACCAAAAGUGUGGUAUAAGUAGCCAAACUCCAUUUCCGAAUUGCACCAGACCAGGAGGAUAUGUCAUGUCUUUAUGACUCUUGUUUUUUAUCAAACUGUAACUAUCAGAGGUAUUUUCAACUAAUGACAUCCGAUGAGCCUCAAGCGUUUCUUUUGUCUGCUUAUGUUGAAGAAAUGAAUCAACAUUAGCUCUUCGUAAUAUCAACAUCUCCAUAGAUCAUGCACUAACUAAUCAGUGUUGAGGAAUGCGUGUAGACAUUGCCUUAAUCUAUGGCCGCUGUCUUUACAGACGGUAUGUCACCCAGUCUCUUGUCAUGCAGUUGACUCCGCUGUUGACUCCAGGCACUGUGUGCCAGCUGGGCAGAAGCCAGAUCCAAGUGCUCCUUUGAACAUGCCAGCUGUCAGUGUUGUUACCUGUUUCCAAGAACCAAGAUGAAGUGGAACAUUAAAAACAUUGACUUUUGAUGCUAAUCUCCAUAUGAGUCUAUGCUUUGUUCAAGCUGUCUUCAUGUGCCAUUUAGAUUUAUGUUUUGCUGCACAGUAUCAUGGGAAGGUGCUCUACUGGAUAGCCUUGGUCUAAUGAAAACAUUCUUUUAUGUCUUACAAUGUUUACAGUUGUAAAAUCUCGUAAUACCAAUUUAGUAGUAAAAUCUAAAUGAUAUCUCCAUAGCUGUUUGAAGUUCUAUUUGAUGUCAAUUUUUUUAUUGUUUCAUUAAUCAUGUUUCUAAAGUAUUCACUGACAUCAACCUUGGCCUGUUAUGCCAUAGGGACAUGUGUACUGGUUAUGGAGAAUUAUUCCUUAACAGGUUUAGAACCAAUCAAAGCCUGCGUGUGUACAGAAAUGGAAUGAUGUGCUCUCUACACACAUGCUGGAGACAUGUCUGGUGAUGUAGCGGGUGUGCAUUGUAUACACAGUAUUAAAUUUAUUAAAUUGUGAAUGUCUUUAUUUUUCUGAAGUCCAUUUAUUGAACAGUUCUUCAUAUCUGGUAAACAGUGCGUAACUGAUUUGAUUUAGGAUGAGGUCAUUGCAGUCCUGUAUGUACCGGUAAUAAUUAAAAGCAAGAUGAAUUGUGUACAAACAAUGUUUCCGUUAGCUUUUUUGACCGGCUGACUAAAAAUAUACUGGUCCUUAUCAUUUUCGGACGGUCCCCCAUGUUACUGUGUAAAAACAUACCUUUCGAUCAGAGUUUUCUCUUUUUAUUUCUGAACUGUAGCUUUGCUGCAGGAAGGUGUUUUUCACCAGAAUGCAUGUUCAAGAUCAUAAGAUUGUUUAAUCUUCGCUGGCAAAGUCGGUUACGACUUGCCGUAUGUAUGCGGUUUUGUAGACUGAAGCCGUGUUAGGCUGUUAUGCUGCUGACAGGUAUCGUCAUGGACUGCUUUGCAGUCAGUUUGUAAAUGCAUCAUACUUAAUCACUUGUAAAAUGCAUCAUAUUUGAAUGAAGGCAACAAAGCUGAAAGAAAAAGCACACACUUCUUUGGCUUUGGAACACUUUGACACCUUUUACAAGCCAAUGUAUGGAGAGAUGUGGCCCUCUAUUAGGGUGGCACUGUUGUCUCAGCAGAAGUACUGUGCCCUUGUCAACAACUAUUCUGACCAUGAGAAGUCGUGCAGCAGACUGGCAGGCCUGGGGGCAAGAAACAUCAUAAACACUGCCCACCAUACAGGAGUGAACAAACUGAGCCAGACAAACAAGCCAGAAACUGAUGAAUUUCAGGGUUCUUGGAGGGAACCAGUUCUUGAAGAUGAACACUGGAAUCUCCAAGAUCGUGAUGCAACAAAAGCUAUUUUUGAAAAUGUGUCUUUUCAAACAUCAGAAUGCGAUAUAUCUAGCAGGGAGUUGAAACAUACAGAAGAUGACCUCAUUGACCCUUUGUCACUGAAUCCUGACACAAAUUUAAGUGAGUUUAUGCCUGUGGAUAAAGUGUAUUCAGAGAAAGAAGUCCUGAAGAUGGCCGAGGUGCAGCAGAGCAUGUUUGAGCCAAGAGACAUCCAAGUGAGCACGGUCACUCCAACACCAACUGUUUUACCUCAAGAGUUAAGAGUUUAUGCCUUCAACAAAGGUGAUGUGUCAGCGUUCCCAGCACCCAAGCUCGAUUCUACAAACGUGAUGGGUUACUAUCUACUUGAUGCAUCAUCAAUUUUACCUGUGAUUGCCCUUGACCUCCAAUCACACGACUCUGUCCUCGACCUUUGUGCAGCACCCGGGGGAAAGACUCUUGCAAUGCUUCAGUUGGUGUCUGCAGACUAUAUGACAUGUAAUGAUGCAUCAGCUGCACGUCUGAGAAGACUGAAGGACAUGUUGCGGUGGUACUACCCCCACCAUGCCAACAUCGACAUGCUACAAAGGGAUGGCAGACAGAUGCAGGACAGUCUUUAUUCCAAGGUGCUUGUUGAUGCUCCAUGUAACACUGACCGCCAUGUUGUGUUGGAAGAUAAGAAUAACCUGUUCAAGCACACCAGAGUCAGUGAGAGACUUGAGCUACCACGCAGACAGAAAGACUUGCUCAUAGCUGGCAUCAAGUGUUGUAAACCUGGCGGUUCAGUGGUGUACUCCACCUGCACACUGUCCCCGGCACAGAACGAUGGAGUCAUACAGUCAGUCGUGGAGGAAAUAUGGCAACAAACAGACAUAGACAUUGUUAUUCAGGAUCUCAGUUGGAUAGCCUCCAAGUUUCGCAAUACAUUCAGAUUCUACAGUAACUGUCGGCAUGGACAGUUGGUGCUGCCUUGCUUAACAGCCAACUUUGGACCUAUGUACUUCAGCAAGAUAAUACGAAUCAAGUAACUUGAGUCUCACAAAUAAACAGUGUGUUGAAGUAC